AUGGGGCAGAGCCCACGGAGCCUUACAGCCACCUGCGGAGUCGCUGCCGCCUCCGCUCUCUUCAGCUCCCACGAACACCUCAGCUCCGCUCCCACCGCCCACGGGGAUGGGCUGAGUCACAGCCCAGAGCCUAAAACCUCCGUCUGCAAGGCGGUUCCUUCUUUGCAAGCUAUGGGAGAUGAUACUCUGAUGUUCAUACAGAAAGUACUGAAAAGACUCUAUCCUGAAACUUCAUCAUCUUCUCAUGCUCAUACUUCGAGUGGAGAAGAGGAGGUGUCUCACAGAAAUUUAGGCUCAAAAUCCCAAGAAAAGAAUUGGGAUGAUGUUCAGACUUCAUCAGCAAAUGCUAGCACAUCAACUGAUACACCCUGCAAGUCAUUUCAAGGUACUGACAAUACAGUUCUUUAUCCAAGGAGAGUGUACACAGUGAAUCUUCCUCCAGAAGGUUACGUUGCAGUUACUCCAGAUGCUGUUAGCACCACAGUUUCUGAAAACUUAGACCGCAGUGGUGACUCAACAGAGGAGGAAUAUCAAGGACAAACCAAGAGAAAGCGCAUUCGAAGGAAGAAACAAAAGAACAGUUUGCAAAACUAUAAUAAUUUACAUGGAGAACAAACAGAAUCUGGUCUGCAAAAGACUCUUGUUCAAGAUGAUUUACAACUGCAGCAGAUAGACAGUCCUAAAAUAAGCAAAAACAAGAAGAGGAAAAUGAAAAAGAAGCGACGGAAAGAAAAAAUGAGGGCAUCUGGCUUAGUAACAAAAACUACCAGUGUGGAUUUUACAUAUCAACCUGACAAAAGCAACAGAGAAGAAGCAGCAGGCUUAAAAGACAUAGAUGAAAAGUCAAAUAGCAUUUUGGACUUCCUGCAGGCAACACAACAAAUUUAUUUUACUGACAAUAAAUCAGAAUGCACGGAUUCUGCUGUCAAUUCAGCAACUGCCCAAGAGCUUUUACGAUAUAUUGAAUUUCGCACCAUCUCUUCCUCAGAUUUGACUCUUCUACAUCAACUGAAAUCCCUUGUAUUAGUACAGGAUAUCGAGAGAUUGAAGGAUGCUUUGAAACAAUUCCAAGAACAAUCCAUGCUGCCUCCUGAUCAUACCAAGAUAGUCACGUCACUGUUUCACUACUGGAUUACAGAUAUCCUUCCUGUGAAGGACAGGAAAUAA